CUGCUGGGGAGGGGGACAGGACAGUCUCUCUCUCCUCCCUGUUUCCGCAGCCACCUGUUUUGUAGGCAGAAACGGCAGCGCCGGGAGCGCAGAGCAGAGCGCGCGGAAACCUGAGCAGCUGAGGAGGCCGGCGCUGCGGGGGCUGGAGCCUCGGCAUCCAGGGUCGGCGGGGGAGGAGGAGCAGGCUGGAGAUCGGGAAUCUCGCUCCCGGCAGGAGCAGAGGACGCAGACUCCAGGCCCCGCCUCCUGGAGCACUCUCCGCGCGCCCGGGCAGUCGGAGCGGAGCGCGGGCCUCCUGGGCCACGCCCCCACGCGGCCAGGCCACGCCCCCGGAACACCGGGCCACGCCCACCCCGCAGGACCCAGGAGCGGCCAUGGGGACGCCGAGCAGCCCCGAAGAGGGCACCCAGCGGCCGCCGGUCUCGGAGUGCGACGCGGAGGUCCUGCCCCAGGGGGCUGCCCAACCCCAGGAGCGCUCCGAGGAGCCCCGCGAGCAGCAGGCGCCUGAGGCCCCGGCGGAGCUUCCGAGCGGCCAAGGGGCUGAGCAGCUGGCGGAGGAAGAGGAGGAAGUGGGGGAAGGCAGCAGCACUGAGAGCAGCCGCGACGCGGCGGAGGCCCCGCCUCCAGCAUUGACCUCGGCCGUUACCCCGGCGUCCGCGCGGACCGGGGAAGGGGCACGAGGGGCCGCGCGGCGGCUUCGAGCGCAGCAGCUGGAGGCACUGACGCGCGUGGCCCUGAUGGAGCAGCGAGUGAAGGAGCUGCAGCGCCAAAAGAAGGAGCUGAGAAUCGAGAUGGAGGUGGAAGUGGCCCUUCUGCGGGGUGAGCUGGCCGGGGAGCGAGUGGCCGCUCGUCGGGAGGAGGAGCAGCUCCGCGCGCUGCUGGGGCAGCAGGUGGACGCUGAGCAGGGCUCCCGGGAGCAGCAGGAACAGGAACAGAGGCGGCUGAGCCAGGAGCGGGAUCGCAUGGAGGGUCUUCGCCAGAGACUCCAGGAGGCCCAGGGACAGCUUGACUUGCUGCCAGAAGACCAGCGUGAGCGGUUUCUGCAGGGGGUGCAGGAGAUGAGGGAACAGCUGGAUAUGGCCCAGCGUGCCUAUGAGGACCUGGAGUUCCAGCAGCUGGAGCAGGAGAGCCGACGGGAGGAUGAGGAUCGGGACAGCCCUGGGGCCGGGGCACUGGGGCCCAAGGCCCAGGAGCUCCGGGCCAGUGUGGCACAGCACAGGCGCCGGAUCCAGGUCUUGGAGGAGCAGCUCAAGUCGCUGGGGGAGCAGAUGGCAGCUGAGAGCCGGGGGCUGAGCCGGAAAAAGGAGGAGGCCCUUCAGGCCCUGACACAAGAGCGGAGCCGGCUACUUGAGCUUAAUCACCUGCAGGGAACCCCUGGUGGGGACUUCUCUGAGCCCAACCAGGCCCUCACUAAGCUCCUGUUCACCCAGAAGACGGACCGCCAGUUGCUGGUGCUCCAGGACCCCGCUGCUCACGCUGCCGCCGCCGCUUCUUCCUGCCUCUUCGCUGUCCACAGCUCCCUGCAGGGCGCCAUUGGCCUCCAGAGGACUGGAAGCCUGCCCCGGAAGAGGGGAGAGAGAGGGAGCCAGAGGGGCUCCCCCCGGCCUCUGUCCCUCCAUUGUACUGGACCCCUGGAGGCCUCCGCGCUCCCACCAGCAGCAGGAGACGCUGGGAGACACCCCCUCUAUCAGCUGCUGAACUGUGGCCCUGAGAAUACCUGUGGGGCCCUCCACCCAGACAUCGCCCGCAUGGAGCGGCUUCUGCAGCAGGCGGUAGCAGAGAGGGAGCGGCUGCUCAAGGCCAGGGAAGGGACGAGAAGGAGCACAGAAGGUCCCUCAGGCUCUGCUGUCCCUGCCAUCACGGCCCCGCCCACGUCCCCACCUUGCCCUCUGGGCCCCCGGGUCUUGGAUCUCCGGCAACACCUGGAACGCUGGGGUCACAACCCGGAAAACUGCGCUCACGUCCGCGUGUCCGGGGGCUGCUGCCGCGGACCCCUGGUGAAGAUGGGUGGCCGUAUCAAGACCUGGAGGAAGCGGUGGUUCUGCUUUGACCGCCAGGCACGCCGCCUGGCCUACUACGCGGACAAGGAAGAGACCAAGCUCAAAGGCGUCAUCUACUUCCAGGCCAUCGAGGAAGUCUAUUACGACCACUUACGCUGUGCCUUCAAGAGCCCCAACCCUCGCCUGACGUUCUGCGUCAAAACCUACGAACGCCUUUUCUACAUGGUGGCACCCAGUCCCGAGGCCAUGCGCAUUUGGAUGGAUGUCAUCGUGACAGCUGCCGAUGAGAACCACGCCCCCUGAGCGGUCCCACCUUCUGGGCGGGGCACCCCGGCGAGGCUCCGCCCCCCACGCGUUGUUUCCCUGCCCUUCCCACUCCCGAAAAGCCUGGGCCUGCCCUUCUGGAACUUUCCUGGGAAUUUUGCAGACGCCGCGGCUGGGCUGGUCUGAGCCUCGGCGUCCUGGGCUGCGGGUGCCUUUCCGUGACGGGAAGCCAUCCCCUGGGGCCCUGCUCUUGGCAGGAGGAGGGGAGUGGGGCGGGAAGGAACUAUUUAUUGGUGCUCCUGUGAUACCGAAUUAAACAUGAAGG